UAACCACAAGAAUGCAGCGUGUAAGGCAAGGGAGCGUGCACGCAGACAGAGGGCUCUUUCUUACCUCAGGAAAGGGGGGAGUGAGACGCAUGGCUCACUGAAGGAGGAAGAGAGAAAGAGGGAGAGACAGAAGGGUGAGAGGGCUGCUCUGACACAGCUCGCGCAUAGCCCAGGUGAAAGAGAGCAGGCAGGGAAGAGCACUUGCUGCUCUCAGCCGAGGGAACGGAUCUAAGAAGGAAGCAGGACAGACUGUCGCAGCACAAGCUGAAGUGCCCUCAUUUGAGCGAGUUUCCCAGAGUCUAAGGAGAGUGGAUUAAAAUAGAGCAGGGGCCCGGGAGAGUGCAGCUCUGAGGGGAAUCCGCCAGGAGUAAACAAACCGCCAGGCUCCACAGACGCCCCCGACCUUCCAGACUGGAGAUCAGAAUCACCCACCCCAGAUCUUAAAUAAAACCCAACCCUAAACACUCCUUUGGUCUUCGGAACUACAGACGCGAUCUGAAAAGCAAGGAGGAGCACAGCUGAAGUUGCUGAAAUACACCAAUCCUCAUAACAUCCAGAUGCUCCCUGAUCACCUCAUCCUCUCCUGUCUGAGACAGUGGUGCUCAAUAUGAUGCCCUGUCAAAAAUAAACUACCACCAAGACUAACAGUCGGAUUUAAAAAAAACUGGGAAAACAGUAAAUCCAGGAUCAAGUGACUGACAAAAAUAUUUCUUUGUUUGUUGGAGCUGAUCUCCUGUGGUCUUUGAAACGACUAACCUCUGUGCCAGUCAAAACUCACUUCAACGGACACGCCCUGCUUGUGUAUGUAUGACCUCUAGGCUGAGCUGUAAACAUUCACGUAAGAGCCAUGCGUGAGGAGGUGCUGAGCUUCUUUAAGGACCUGUGGAGCGUUGCCGUGGACAGGCAUAACCAGGGCAUCUACAACACCGUGUGCCUGGUGGUGCUCCUGGCUCUGCCCCUGGUAGUCCUCUUCACAUCCCUGGUUGUGUGCUGCCACUGCUGCUGUUGCCGAAAGGGCAGCUGCUGCGGUUGCUGUCGCCGGGGCGACCACGCCAGCGACAGCAAAACCAAGGCCGACAAAAAGAAGAAGAAGAACAAGAGCCCCAAAAACGAGGACUUGUGGAUCUCAGUAAAACCUGGACCCAUGACCCCAGACAGAAUGGCCCUAACAAUGGUGUAGCAGGCGAGGCCUGCUCACAACUGUUCUCUUUUACCUAUUUAUAUGUGGCGCUUUUUUUUACUGCACGGUACAUAUGAGGGUACUGAUCUGUGGUCACAGUGCUUGACAACUUGUCUGAGAAGGGACACCCUCACAUCAGGAAGGGAACACCACAGCCAUUCUUUUGUAUAGGAGUUGCACAGUUUUGAAGGCAAAAUGUGCAAUGCGAGGGUGUGUGAGUGUGUAUACUGUAUGUGUAUGCUUGUGCGAGGUUGCACGUGUAUGUGUGUGUAAGGCUGAAAUGGCACCUGGAUCUGCCUCACUGCCUAAAUGUAGGAAGAGGCAAUGUGAAAACCUCAUGUUGGGAUACAUUUCCCCAACUUCCUGGUGGCCCAAUUGUCAAGGAAUGCUGGAUGUAUGCUAAGGGCUGAAAUCUUUUGCUUUAUCUGAAAGAAAAUGAUUGAGUCAAAUUCGAAUCAGCAAGGGCUGAUACAUACAUUGUCUUCAAAGCGCUUGCAUUUGAAGUACUCAUCCUGAGAAUUGUGUGUGUUUAAGAGAUCAGAUCUACCAUUUUGUAGCGAUAUCCUUCCAUUGCCCCGAGUACUAAUGGUUGGCGCAGUGAAUCACACUGACUAAUGUGAGUGUCUUUCACAAUAAUUUUGUAUUAGUACUCAUGGAUGACAAGUCUUUUUCUGCUCUAGACAGAAAGUAGAGGAAAAAAAGCCCAUUGCUUUGUAAAAUUAUCAGAGCUUCCUAAGUACAUUUCAUCUAAACUGCCAUGUAUGUUUUACUUCAGAACAAUCUCAAAUCCUUUGUGUAGGCUGCAGCAUGCAAGAGCAUCUAAUAAGGCUCAUUUUGCUGCCAGAACACAAUGGCUAGCAGCUCCACAAGACAUAUUUCACUGCCGGGCCAAUGGUUCUUGCACAGAUGCAUGUGUGUAUGAUCGUCCACAACACAUACCUUACUUUAGAUUCACAGUAGCAUGGUGCUUGGAGGGAGAUCUAAAGAGAUUCCAUUCACUCGCCCCUUCCAGAUGUCCUUUGUUCAAAGUCUGGAAUGCAAUUUGACUUGGCGUUUCGUUUCCUUAUUGAGUAAAUUUGCAUCACUGACCAAGCUUUAUUGCUUGGCACACCCUUGCUAUUUGUAUGCUACUGAAUCAGUGAAAACCAAUUUUCUGCACUGUCCCCACUUUAAAUCUUUUCCUGCACAGAAUGAUUGCAUUGACUGACAGACGGCAUAGUGUGAACGCUACUGUAUCAGUUUUCUUUAUCUAUGAAUUUUACAAUAUUUAGGCGUAAACCCUGUCUGGGUUUUCGUAUGUAGGAGAAAAACAUAUUUGCAGUUAGCUAAUGUAAACCAAGCCAAGAUGGAGGAUAUUAAGUGAAGCUGGCUAUGCUUAGUUAAUUUAGGCUCAUCAUCAAAAGGGACAGCUCGUGUCCCUCACCGAGGGUGGGAAAGUGCUUUUCCUUUGUUAAUCUUCCCUCUGUUCUUCAUUUGGGAUGAAGGGGCACUCUGCCAUGUGUUUGAACAGCAAAGCUGUGGAAUUCUAUGUCCCGCUGAUAUCCAGACUGUCCAAGUUGGAUUCGUUUUGAUCCAGCCAAAUUAAGCUUGAAAAAGUUUUUUUUUAUUUAUUUUUUUUUUUAUGAUGUCCAUUGUCCAAAAGCAUGUCCUUGAAACAAUCAUUUUCUAGAUCAAGAGUUCUGGCUGCAAUGUCUACCGCAUGAACAGUUUGUUGUAAUUUUAUGUAUAGGACGUCUGAGAAUUUAAAGAAAGAAGGAAAAAUAAUGUAUUUUUCUAGCUUUAAUUUUUUUAUAAAAAGGGGGGAAGCGGGACUUAAAUUAAUCUAUUUGAACCUUUACAAUAAAAGUCUGAAGAACUACUAAAAAGUGUGCCUGGAUUUGGGAGUGUGAAUGUGAAUAGCACAGGGCCGAACAGAAGCCUGUCUCAGCACAAAGACGUGGAAGAGCACAUGCCCAGGUACACUUCAACCUGAGACCCGCCCAGGCAAAGUCAUACCAUGUUACUCAUCCCUAUCACAACCAUUGGCAAUGCCA